CACACACACACUUAGCAGGCCCUCACCACUUGUUCGUUUCCUGGCUCUCCAGCUGGCUUGACCCACCCCUCCUCUCUCUCUCUCUCUCUCUCUCUGUCUUUUUUUUCUCUGCUCUCCUCCGUCCAUUCCAGUCCUCUCCUCUCCUCUCCUCCCUGCGGUUGUGUUUUUGGGUGAGCGAUGUGUUGUUCGGUGGGUUUUGCGCGGUCUCUGGGCCUGGCGCUGCUGCCUCUGGCCCUGUGCUGUAUCCUGGCCAACCUGCUGCUGUUGUUUCCUAUGGGAGAAAUCACCUACGUGGAGCAGGACCGCCUGACCAGCUACAUCUGGUACUUUGGUGGACUAGGAGGUGGGGGACUGUUGAUGCUGAUUCCAGCUGUGACCUUCAUCAGCCUGGGAAAAUGUGACUGCUGCUGGAAUGAAAGCUUGAUGAUGUGUGGCUCAGCUCUGGCAGCUGUGGUCGGCCUGGCGGGGUCAUGUUACUGUUUCGUCAUAUCAGGGCUCACCUUGUUGCAGGGUCCCCAGUGCUUCACCGCAAAGGGGUGGGCGUACCCCUUCGCAGAGAGGGCGGGCAGGUAUCUCUUGGAGCCAGAGUCAUGGUCUGUGUGUCACCAGCCGGUCCACAUCGUGGAGUGGAACGUGACUCUGCUGUGUGUGCUGCUGGGCCUGGCUGUGCUGGAGUUCAUCAUCUGUCUCCUGCAGCUGGGCAGCGGCUUAGUCAAUGCUGUCUGCAGGCCUUGUUGCUACAAACAGGAGUAUAGUCUUAAUGCUUAGAGAGAUGCCAGUGUGUAUGGAGACACACACGCACAGAGACGGGUGCACAUGCACAUAUAACAUACACACAUGCAACAUGUAUGAAUAAACACAUUCAUUAAUGAUAACACAGAGGUCUGUGUUGAUGCCUAGCACCACAUUUGUGUGUGUGUGUAGAUAUCAUACAAUGUCCCAACCUGGACACACACACACACACAAUCACAUCUGACAACUGUGUAAUUAUAAUGAUAUUUUACAGCUUUUAAGCCAGCCUGUUACACUGACGGAGUCACUUUCCAGUCAUUAAAGAGCGAGUUAACAUGAGCAGAAAACCCCUGCGUCACUGCUCUUUUAGGAGUUGAAACUGUCAGACAACCAAUCAGCGACAUCACAGCAGGUAUUUCUCAGCAGUUAUCACAAGCAAAAUACCUGCUGUGACAUGACGGAUUGGGAGUGACCAGAGGUGCAACAUGCCUGAAAGUUUCCUCUGGAAAGAAGUGCAGCAGAAGUUUUCUGCCUCAUGCGAAUUAGCAUGAACUCACUCUUUGAUGUUGUACAGAGCUUAGUGUCUGUAGCUCUCAGCGCUCUAAAGGCAACGGAUUGUAGAUCCAUAAUAAUUAGCAUGAUGGAUGGGUUUUCUCUAUAGGAACAGGAAGAGGUGGCAACACUCUGUAUACGGACAUAAACCCUCAAAAACACUACUGACUUUCUUAUUUUUAAGAUGCACUGUGUAAAAUGACUGAUGGCUGAACUCACAAAAUCAUAAACCAACAAAAAAACAUGGAAUAAGCACAUACUUUAUCAGAGGCCGAUGAUCAGAACCAUGUAGACUCAUGAAAACACACGCUUAUUCCAUGUUUUAUUUGUCGGAUGAGUCCAAACAGGACAUCAGCAAUUUUGCAUAGUGCACCUUUGACAGCAACUGUUUUGUUCAUUCAACAUAAUUAGGAUGGGUACAUAUGAUACUCCCAUACAAAUCAGUGUUAUUUCACUUGUAUACU